AUGGCUGACGUCCCUGAGGAUCACGUUUCCGGCCUGGAAGACGGUGAACUGCCCGAGCCUCCCAGAAACGAAACAGCCGAAGAACGGUCUGAAUUUCUUAGCUUGCAUGAAAAUGUCGACCCCAAAACCUUGGCAGCAACAGGCCCGGAGCUACCCGCAGAGACUGACCAAGAGCUACAGCCAGACACCGAGGAAGAGGACUUAGAGGGGGUGCCCGAAAGUGCUAAGAAUGCGCAGCGAAAACCCAGUGGGACACCCGAGGGAGAAAAUCCCAAGGAGUCCGAGGUUGACCUAUUCAGCGAAACUGAUCCAGGGAUUCCCCAAGAGGUAAAGUCAGAGAUACACGAAGAGAAAAGAGAGAUUUCCAAAGAUGCGGAGGUCCCUAUGGAUGAAAAGGGUGAGAGGCCAGACCUAGAGCCACCAGGGGAGGCUAAGCCAAACGUUACUGAGGAUGUGCUCCUAGAGUCAGCCAUGGAAGAAGAUACAGAGCCACCAACUGAAGCCGUGUCUGAGAUUUCAAGGUCCACAAUCAGGGAGAAAAGUUCAGAGUCACUAAAGAACUCAGAACAGGAGGUUCCAGAGGAAUCACUUAGAGAGCAAGAUGAAGAAACAGGCCAAGACUCUCCAGAGCAGACCAAACCAGAUUUUCCAAGUGAGAAACCAAGAAAAUCAGAUGAAGACACAGAUUUACAGCCACCAAAGGAAACACAGAGAGAGUCAACUGAGGAGAAAACAACAGAGUCACCUGCUAAACCAGAGUUCCAAGAGCAGAAACCAAGACAGUCCAAGGAGGCAGGGAUAGAGGUUCCAAAAGAGACUAAACCAGAGUCAGGUCUAGAGCUUUCAGAAGAGACUAAACCAGAGAUUCCAGAGAUGAAAAGAAAGUCAGCUGAGGAGGAAGGGACAGAGCUACCUGAACAGACUAAACCAGAGUUUCAAGACCACAAACCAAGAAAGUCUACUGAUGAGAAACUUCCAGAGCCAGUAAAAGAGGUCAGAUCAGAAUUUCCUGAGGAAGAAUCAAGAAAACCAAUUGAGGAAACAAAUCUAAAGCAAUCAGAAAAAACUAAACCAGAAAUUUCAAAGAGAAGAAAAAAGUCAAGUAAAGAAAAAGUUCCAAAACCCCCAGAGACUGUUCUAGUGCUACCACAAGAGAUCAAACCAGAGAUUCAAGGGGAGACACAAACAAAGCCAACUGAGGAGUAUAAUCUACAGUUACCACAUGAAGCCAAACCAAGCAACAAAGAUGUAGUAUUUCCCAAGGGAGUCAGGCCAGAAUCAGUCAAAUCUAAACAUUAUGCAGAUAGGGAUGAGCAACAGUACCCCAAGUAUCAAACAGGAAAGUUUUUUCUAAAAGAAACUGAAGAAGGAAAAACAAACUAUUUUACAUUCAGAUCUCUCAGAGAAGAUACAAUGAAUUCAAUUGAAGCAGAUUAUGAGUUUACUCAGGAGCUCCAAAACUUGCUUACUGAAAUCAGUGCACAUCCCUCAGAGUCUCAAAAAAAAUUAAGAGAAUGUGUUGGUGAAAAAAAAGUUGAAGACUUUUCCCAAAAGUCAAAGCAAGAUAAAACCCAGCCAAAAACAAAGACUAAGUUAAAAUUUGACCAUCUUGAUUGGGACCCAGAGAAAGUUGCAGAAUGGAUUAGCCAGCUAGGGUUCCCUCAAUACAAGGAGUGUUUUAUUGCAAACUUCAUCAGUGGCCGAAAACUCAUCCAUGUAAACUGCUCAAACCUUCCUCAGAUAGGGAUAACAGAUUUUGAGGACAUGAAGGUAAUUUCUCGGCAUGCGCGGGAGCUACUAGGAAUUGAAGAGCCAUUAUUCAAACGCAGCAUCUGCCUUCCCUAUAGGGACAAUAUUGGCUUAUUUUUAGAGCAAAAAGGUCAUACUGGGAUAAAAUCUGAUUCCUUGACCUUACCUGAAUUUGUCAAAGCAGCAGGAUUAGAGGAUUAUGCUCCCCAGGUAACUUCCCCUGAAGAGGAUGAGGCAUUAUCUGGCAGUGAACCAUAAGGGAAAGCCAUUUCACUCACUUUGAAUGAUCAAACUAAAUUCCUUGGGGGAA